AUGGCGUCUGUCAUUCAUUACAAGUUCAAAAAUGAGCUGCAAUCUUCAACUGUGACCUUUGAUGGUGCUCGCAUGUUGUAUGAGACGCUGAAGCGAGAUGUGUUCUUGCGCCACUACGGUCGUUCCACAGAUACAGACAUUGACCUCAUCGACGAGCACAGCGGCCAAGUGUAUGGGCCUGGUGACCACAUUUACAAGAACGCACACAUUGUCAUCAGCGCCAAGCCGCUGAAACCAGGCCAAGCCCCCGUCUUCGAAGACCCAUCGUGA